ACAAGAGCGCACAGUGUCGUCGUGUUUUAAACCAUAUACUCUGUAACUCCCAGUAAUCCCAGCAUAAGGCAGCAGUAGGCGUGAUUUUAAUAUCGUCAUACGUGACGUGUUGUAGGGAGGCUGUGAGGUGUGGAGGGACCUGCGUUUCUGAGAGAGAGCGUUGUUCCGGUCUCAGAGAGAGUCUUCACUGCGGGGACGGGCUGAGAGAGACGCGCUCCAGUUCUCUGCUGCACACAAGCUUGAAUUAUGCAGCUUUCCAGCCAGGAGGCGAACAUAUAGAGUUACGCUACUGAAGCCGUGGUUUCUUCAGUAAAAACACAUCAAAAGAUGAAUUCGAUACGACAGGUGCCAUCCCGAGUGAAGAGUAAAAGGACGGAAACGAAUCUAGGAGCCGAAAGGGAGCAUUUCGAUAAACAGCAGCUCAGCAGCAUCAGUAAAGCUAUUAACACCAGUGAGACACCAGUAAAGGAGAAGCAUGCCCGCAGAAUUAUCCUUGGAACCCACAGGGAAAAGGGAGCAUAUACGUUCUGGUCCUAUGCUAUUGGUCUGCCCUUAUCCUCCAGUGCUAUUCUUAGCUGGAAAUUUUGCCACGUUUUACAUAAAGUUCUAAGAGAUGGACACACAAAUAGCUUGCAAGACUGUAUGAGGCAUCACAGUAACAUCAGUGAGAUUGGACAGUUAUGGGGAAACAUCAGGGACAGAUAUGGAUAUGGCCAGCUUGUUGCCCAGUAUGCCAAGCUACUGUGCUCGAAGAUGGAGUUCCAUAAUAAGCAUCCGGAAAUUCGUGCCAACUUGGAAGCCUCAGACGAAGUCCUUGAGCGUACUGCAGGAACUGACAUCAAUAAUGUGUUCCAGCUUACUGUUGAGGUGUUUGAUUACAUGGAUGUAGAGCUUCGGCUUGCUGAGUCAGUCCUACGACAGCUUAAUACCUCCAUUGCCAUCUCAACCUUAACUGCAGGCCAGUGUAAACUUGCUCCACUUAUCCAGGUCAUCCAGGAUUGUAGCCACUUGUAUCAUUAUACUGUCAAGCUGCUCUUCAAGUUACAUGCCUGUUUACCACCAGAUACACUGCAGGGUCAUCGAGAACGCUUUCAUGACCAGUUCCAUAGUCUCAAGACAUUUUUUAAUAAAGCAAGAGACAUGAUGUACUUCAAAAGGCUUAUCCAGAUUCCAAGGCUACCAGAUUCUCCUCCGAACUUCCUCCGUGCCUCUGCCCUGGCAGAGCAUGUGAAGCCAAUGGUUGUCAUCCCAGAUGAGGAGGAGCCUGAGGAGCAAGAAGAGGAUGAACCUGAACCACUAAUAGAUGUCAGUGAGGCUCCAUCAGCCAGCAUGACUUCCCAGCCACAGGUUGACAUAUUUGAUCAGGCAUUCGGCCCACCCAAUGAUGGUUUUGAUGACAGAGAUCUCCAGAUUGAAAGUCUGAAGCGGGAAAUCGAGGCUCUGCGGACAGAACUUGAAAAGAUCAAAGCUGAGGCUCAGCGCUAUAUCACUCAGUUAAAGUCACAGAUCAACAGCUUGGAGGCAGAGCUGGAGGAACAGAGGGUGCAGAAGCAGCGUGCCCUGGUAGAGAAUGAGCAGUUGCGUAUGGAGUUGGAAGCCACACGCCGCCGCAACGCAGAGCAUGAGAGCAUCCAAUCUACUUUUGUGGAGGCAGACAAGAGAGCCCAAGCUACAGAACUGCGCUAUAACAAGCUAAAAGAGAAGCAUGCUGAGCUAGUAGCAAAUCAUGCCGAACUUCUUAGAAAGAGUGCAGACACAGUGAAGAUGCUUUCAGCCACUCAACAGACACAAGAGGAGGUGGAGAGAACAAAACAACAGUUGGCCUUUGAGGUGGAACGAGCCAAACAGGAGUCUGACAUGAAGUUGGAGGAACAAAAGUUUGAGAUGGAUAAACUAAGACGAGAUUUGGAGGAAAAAAUUUUAGAGAUUCAACGAAUGAAGGGCACGUUGCAGACCUGUGAAAAGGCCAGUGAUCAGAUAAACAGCUCCAUGACUUCAUUGCAGGUGGAAAAGGAGCGUCUGAUGCGCUGUGUCAGUGAGAAAGAGGCUGAAUUGUCCUCUCUAAGACAGGCAACACAACUGAAGCAGUCUUCCUUGGAUCAGGAAAGGGAGAGAAGCAGUAAAGAGCUUCAUGAACUACAAAGCAAACUGAAAGAGAAGCAAAGCCAUGAGAAACAGUUGCAGCAGAGGAUGUUGGAGGAGCAGUUUGCUCUGCUGCAGGGUACAGUAUCUGAGGCAGAAAUGAUCAUUCAAGAUGCUGUGGCCAAACUGGAUGACCCUCUGCAUAUCCGCUGCACCAGCUCACCAGAUUACCUUGUUAGCCGUGCAGAAGCCACUAUGGGCUCUAUUGACAAAGUGCAAUCUGGCCAUGCCCACUAUUUGAAGAAUAUGGGAAAUGCUGGGGCUCUGUUGAGGGCUCUGACUCAGUUUUCUCAUCUUGCUGCGGACACUAUCAUCAAUGGGAGUGCAACAGCUCACAUGGCACCCACUGAUAAUGCUGACAGAUUGACAGAGAACUGCAGAGGCUGCGCUACUCAGAGUCUGCACUUUCUGCAGGAGUUAAAAUCCAAAGAUUCUCUCAAGGGUGCUGACCCUUCCUCAAUUCGUGUAAUGGUACAGAAGAUCUUGCGAAUUGCACAGGAUCUGAGACCAAAAGGAAUGGAUGUUGGAAAGGAAGAACUGGGUGACAUGGUGGAUAAAGAAAUGGCUGCUACCUCUGCUGCUAUAGAAGAAGCUGUGAGGAGAAUUGAUGAGAUGAUGAAUCAGGCCAGGCGAGACACUGAAGGAGUUAAGCUGGAGGUGAAUGAGAGAAUACUGAAUAGCUGCACUGAUCUCAUGAAGGCUAUCCGCCUUCUGGUACUGGCUUCCACAGACCUGCAGAAAGAGAUUGUAGAAAGUGGAAGGGGUGCAGCCACAGUGAGGGAGUUUUAUGCUCGAAACUCUCGUUGGACUGAGGGGCUAAUCUCAGCUGCCAAAGCAGUGGGCUGGGGGGCCACACAGAUGGUAGAUUCUGCUGAUAAAGUGGUGUUACACACUGGAAAGUAUGAAGAACUUAUUGUCUGUUCUCAUGAGAUUGCAGCAAGCACAGCACAACUUGUUGCAGCCUCAAAGGUAAAGGCAGACCGUGGCAGUAAAAAGUUGUCCAGCCUUCAGCAAGCCUCUCGUCAUGUGAAUGAGAUGGCUGCUAAUGUGGUAGCAUCCACUAAGACUGGCCAGGAACAGAUUGAGGAUAAAGACACUAUGGACUUUUCCGGCAUGUCUCUGAUCAAGUUAAAGAAGGAGGAAAUGGAGUCCCAGGUAAAGGUCCUGGAGUUAGAGAGCAUGCUUGAAAAUGAGCGUCUGCGCCUGGGAGAGCUGCGCAAAAAACACUAUGAGAUAGCUGGAGUACCUCUGGAACAAAUUGCUCAAGACAAUGGGCUGCGGGCUCCUUCACCUACUGCCCCCUUCUCCCCCAGACCCUCCAAACCAGCAUUAAUGAAGAAACCAGCCCUCGCUCAGAAACCCAAUGUUCCACCCAAAACAAUGUUUAGGUAAGAACACAUGGAUGAAGAUCAUCAAGCCUGGAUCUCAAACUGGUAGACAUCCUCCUGUAUACUAUAGUUUUUAAAAUAUUCUGUAGGAGCCCUGAAUCUUUCAUAACUUUGAGCCUGAAUUACAUUUCUUAAAUCUGCACUAUGUAAUGGUGAUGAUGUAAUCUGUCUCUUUAAUACAUAAUUCCAUCCUAAUGAAAAGGUAUCAGAUAUUAAAGCCAUUUAAAAAAAAUAUAUAUAUAUAUUUAACAAGGCAAAGUACUGUGUAGAGGAUAAAGCAAGUUUCUAGUUAGAGUACUAAUGUUUGAUCUUACUAUAGCAUUUAUUUAUCUGUUUCUUUUGUUUGUUUGGAUGGGUUUGUAUUCUUUUAAUGAUUUUUGAUUGGUGUGUGUGUGUAUGGGUGGUUACAUUUUAUAUUUCCAACUCAUUUAUGAUAACUGGAAUCUGUCUAGGCCUGAGCUAGCACUGUUGCCGUUAAAUGAUUAUGAUGGCAUGGUUGAUGGUUUUACCAUGAAUAAUUUUGUUCAAGAUUAUACUGUACAAUAUGCUUAUCUUGGUUUUGUUACUCCAUGUUUCCAAGUUGUUCUGACUUAAAGCAAGAUGCAUUAGAUGUUUGACUUACAGGGAGCCAGAUGUUAUAGCUGUUACUAACACACUUAGUUACAUGAUAUAAGACCAAUAUAAUGCGUAAACUUUUUAUACAUAAGAGUGGCAAUCCAGCCCUGCUUCUCCACUACAUAUAUAUUGUGUCUGUUAUUAUAGUUUCUUUGUUUUGAAAUUUAGGUCAAAAAUGUUAUACUAACUUUAAGUAGAGCCCAAACAUUGGAUAUGUUUAUGAAAAAAUGUAUGGUGUUUUGUUUUUAGAAGAACGUGCCUUUCUACCUAUAUUUCUAAACUUACAUAAAAUGUAUACAUCUUGUUGUUUGUCUUUUAUCUAGAACUGUUGGGUUAUUGAUCCAUUUAUUCAAAAUCACAGUGUGGGUGUUUUAAUUAUGAAGAUUUAAUAAAUUGGUUUUAGCAUGGGUAAUAUUUUAUUCCACAAAGCAGGAUUUCUCAGGAAGUCAAAUAAUAAAUAAAAGCUACAUCAGGACUGGGCGGAGCUAAGGCCAUGUUUUUUGUUAUCUAGCUUAGGAAUUUCAGUUUUUCUGAAAUACCUUAUUAUAGGUUUAGAGCACAAGGGACAAAUUACAUGGGUGAUAAUUUUUAAAGAUUUUGUUUAAAGGACACUUCUGAAAAGGCAGACAUGAUGAUAUUUUGAUUUGGGCCACAUCUACGAAAUCUGACCUUACUGAGAUUACUUUAUUCCUAGCUAGAGAGAUAAAGACAUUUUGUCCCAAAGCGUUAUAUCUAUAUUUACUACAUGAUUUACUGCCGAUAUUUUACUGCUGUUUUCAUUGGUCAGAAAAAUGAUUGUACAAUAUGGUGGUGGAGAGAGCAUUUCUACAGAAUUCUACAAAUGUGGAUCUCUUACCAGUAUCUUCUUUUUUCUUUCAUUUGGUCUUUAUAUCCUUUAUAUUUUUAACCCAAAAUUGUUAUUAUAUAUUUUAGUUAGGCUUAAUGGUCUGGCUGUAUUGAACAUUAAAUGCAUAAUAAAUGUUUAUCAUAACCA